AUGACUGCGCCACUUCGCUUCCCGCAUCUUGACGCGACGCCUGGCUUACAGUACAAAAGUGAGCGGAUUGAUGCAUUCCUCGCGUUCCUACAGAAGCAUGAGGACCAGCUCGACGUCAUCUGUGUGCAAGAGUGCUACGAAACUCUGUUCCUCUCUGGGGGAUACAGAAAGAGAUUGAUCGAAGGUGCCAAGAGGUUGGGCUUUCUCCAUGCCGCGUGUCCUCCUGCGAUAGCUCGUUUUCCUGGUACCCUGUCCAUCAACUCGGGACUUGUUAUCUUAUCCAGGUUCAAGAUCGUUAGAUGGAAGGACCUUUGCUUCGGGCCGUCGGUCGAGUCCUUCAACGUCAAUCGCGGAGCACUGCAUGCUGAACUCGAGAACGGCAUUCAUGUCGUGACAGCCCACGUCGCUCCCGACGCCUCAGCGAACGGUCCUUACUCGUCCCUUACCAGUUGGCCCAUCCGCUUUGCCCGCAGAUCGCAAGCGGAUGAGCUUGUUCGCUUCAUCGGACGACAAGUGCCAUCGUCAUCUCCUCUCAUCCUGGCCGCCGAUCUCAAUCUCAACAUCAGAUUCAGCUCCUUCCACUCUCAGCCAAUUCUCUCCUCGGCUGCCAGAUACUUGUUGAGCCGCCUACAUGAGCGAUGCGACCUGGUCAAUGCCAGCUUGAGGAGCGAAAAGCGAGCCAAAGCGAGCGCUGAGCCGGUGGUGGACCACAUGCGGCCAACAUUCGGCUACACGGGCGAGGACGGUAGCCCUGCUGAGAGGUGGAUCACGACGUACGGGGGCGGGAUGCUGCGAAGCGUCUGUGACGACGCGAUUCUGUGCCGCGGGAUGAAACCUCAGCAGGUCAAGGAGCUCUGCCUCGUAAUCCCUGAGGGGCAGAGGCCGAUCCCAGAAGUUACACACAUCACCGAUCAUUGGGCCUUGACCUGCCAGCUCGAGCUCAUCGUCAGCUAA